AUGGAUACCCAUGUUCCAAUAUUUACUUUAAGUGAUGUAAUGAAUGACUUAUGUGCACGAUUUGUUAUCAAUAAUCCAGUAAAUGAGUACAACGACUCUAUAAGAUUCUUAUUUUUGUUAGAACUUGCACAUUGGUAUUACAUGGAUAAUUGGACAAAGAAAUUAAAUUACCUUCCAAUGAUCACUGAUUUUAAAUUCUUUGUUGAGACUUUUGUACGUGAAGUAAAAUGGAAAACAUUUGACUUAAAGAACGUUGAUGCAGAAGUAGAUAAGUGGAAGACAUACAAGUCAAGAAUAUCAGUAGUAGGAGCUUUAUUAUUAAAUGAGAGUUUAACACAUGUUAUUCGAGUAAGGGCACCUUCUUCAUUACACUUUUCAUUUCCACGAGGAAAAAUGAAUUUGUUAGAAGACCCUCGAUUUAGUUGUGUUAGAGAAACAAAAGAAGAAACAGGAAUUAACAUUUCUAUUGAACAAUGUAAACAAGAAUAUUCUUUUGUCAUUGAAAGUCAUAAAGGAGUUGCCAACCACUCAACAACAUAUUAUGUUAUUCCUGAUAUUCCAAUGAAUUCAGAGUUUAAACCAAUGUGUAAAGAAGAAAUUGCAGAUGUAAAAUGGGAACUAAUUGAUAAAAUUGAUGCUAAAGAAACUGAAAAAACUCGUUUAAAAGAAAUUAUUGAAAAAUAA